UUCACAUACACCUCCAAUGAGUCCUUAUCUGCAACAAUUUGCCUAACCUACUAGCUAGCCUCCUCUAGUCGUGCGCUCCUCUCGACUCCACCCCCGUUCUCCUACGCGUUGCUCCUAGUUGCUGCCGGUUCAGCCUGGCGGUAGGUCGCAGGAUGAAAGGCCUCUUCUGCACUGGAAGAGCGACCUUAGGUGAAGUUCACACGUUCGCGGCUUGCGAUUCAGAGCGCUGCGUGGCAUCAAGGAAGUGCUGACUGCUUUAGCAAGCAGUUUCGGUGACUCGUUUAUGCCGUGAAGCUUCGCUUCUCACGCGUCGACCCGACUCCGUAAAAUUUACUGAUGCGACGGAUGCGACUGACUGCGAUGACUGCGAUGACUGCGACCUUUCCUGAAGCUUUCUGCGUUUGUCCUCGUCGCGUAGACGCUAAGCACGAUAGUUGAGCUAGCUGCUUGCAUUUAUUUAAAGCUGCCUGCCUAAGCUGCUGUGGAAGCUAGAACUCCAUCGACUUACAGCCCACCUAUUCCAGCUCGCCUCCUUUUCCAGCUCGCCUCCGUUUCCAGCUCGCUUCGCAGUCCGCUCGUGCACGAUGUCCCGUCAGCCAUCGCCAAUGCGGGCUCCCCGCACGAGGAUUCUAAAUGAAAAAUACCUGCUGGGCGAGGAGCUGGGCAAGGGCGCGAACGGGCGCGUGUUCAAGGCGUUGGACCUGCAGAACGGCGACUUCGUGGCCGUCAAAGAGGUGUCCCUCGAGAACAUCGACCACGACGACCUCGCCUCCGUCAUGCAAGAAAUCGAUCUACUCAAGACAUUCAGCCACAAGAACAUCGUCAAGUAUCUGGGCUCCAUCAAGACCAAGACGCACCUCUUCAUUCUCCUCGAGUUUGUGGAGAAUGGGUCCCUGGCGGGAAUCAUCAAGCCGAAUAGAUUUGGGCCCUUCCCAGAGUGCCUGGUGGCCGUCUACAUUGCUCAGGUACUGGAGGGGCUGCUGUACCUGCACGAGCAGGGCAUCAUCCACUGCGACAUCAAGGGCGCCAACAUCCUCACCACCAAAGAGGGCCAGGUGAAGCUAGCGGACUUCGGUGUAGCGAUGAGGUUAGAAGAAGCCGCAGCGUGCCACGGGGAUGCAGAGAACCCAAACGUGGUGGGCACGCCGUACUGGAUGGCGCCGGAGGUGAUUGAGAUGUCGGGCAUCUCGUGCGCGUCGGACAUCUGGAGCGUGGGCUGCACCGUCAUCGAGCUGCUCACCACUAAGCCGCCCUACUUCGACCUCCAGCCCAUGCCCGCACUCUUCCGCAUUGUCCAGGAUGAUCUGCCCCCAAUCCCAGAGAACCUGUCAGCAGCCACGUCUGACUUCCUCCACCUCUGCUUCCGUAAGGACACGAAAGCCCGCCCAGACGCCAAGACCCUCCUGCGGCACCCGUGGAUCCGGCAGGCGAAGCGGGCGGUGUCGUCGGGCCUUGCUGCCAUCCCUCGCCCUGCCAGCGCUGGCUCCUCCUCCUCCUCUACCCGCCCUCUCUACCCUGAGGCGCCUUCCCACGCCUCUGCUGCUGCCAGUGGCAGUGACGAGGCAUCCGCCAUCGACGACUCCAUAGAUGCUGCCAGGCGGGUGCACGCCAGCACCCACCCCUCCUCCUCGCCUGUCAGCGUCUCUGCCUCCUCGCCGGACAGCGACCGCCGCGACCGAAAGAUCCACCUGCACGGGGACGCAGUCAAGGAUCUUCGGGAAGCAGCCAAGGCGGCCCGCAAGUCCCGCGCUCAGCGCCACUCCAUAGGCGGCAGCAUCGACUCCAGCUCGGGCGGAGGUACGGCAGGAGGUGAGGAUGCUGGCGCUGGCGGCAGCAACGGUGGUGGUGGUGGUGGUGGGGGGGGGGGGGGGGAAGCAGCAUCAGCAGCGGGAUUCCGCUGAGUGGCAGCGGCAGGCGUAAGAUUAUUCGGUCCAAGAGCGACAAGGAACUCAUUGCGAGGGACGCAGAGGGGCAAGCGGAGGGGGG